AAGGAUUUAGGUUACAUUAUAAAAUGUCGGAUCAUGCUCUUCAAAGAUAUACUACACAUACUACCACGGAUGGAAAGAUGUUUUCAUCAGAAUCUUGUUCAUGGUUUUUCCGAAAAUGCUACACGGUAUUAUAUAAAAGUGUAUCCUGGGAUAUUGCACAAACUGAAUGUCUUAAUGAAAAUAAACAUCUUGUGACUAUUGCGUCGAAAAAAGAAAUGAAUUACGUCCAAUACUUACUUCGAAGUUUGUUGUAUAUGCAAAAAAUAGGCGCUGAUGAAAGAAAACUUCAUGGAGCACACAUUGGUUUAAGACGUGUAAAGGACAGACAAAUGAGAAUGAAUUUCAUAUGGGUAAAUAACAAUAACGUGACCUUCAGCGAUUGGAAAAGAAGGCAACCUUCAACUGGGGAUUGUACUCGUACCUCAUUCGAGUAUUUUAACACCGAAGAGAAUUGGGAAACAGAAGAUUGUUAUAAUAAUUUGGUCGAAUUUUACAUCUGUGAAAACACCUUUUUAGUGAACACAACUAAACGUGAUAUCAUGGAGCAAGAUGUGUGUAAAAUGUUUGUUAAGAAAGACCUUUUGACAUCACCAUACUCCGGUAAAACUUGUCAGAAUUGGUUGUAUCUAUCUGACAAUGCCAAAAGUGAUUUUGACAACAACUUUUCCUCAUUAAGAGACACUUUAGAAAAUACAACUGUGUGUAAGGAUCCGUCUGGACAAGGUGUUUUAUGGUGCUUUGUUAGUAACUUUGACAAACCAGUGCGGGAACCGUGCUUUUUGCAUCUCGAAGAUAACCUAUCUAUGCCCGAAAAGAGGGUACCAGAGACAAAAUGCGCCGAUGGAUCUUCAAUACCUAAAAUAAAUUGGUGUGAUAGGACCUUUGACUGCAUAGACUUUACGGAUGAAUUGUCAUGUCAGAACAGACUUAAAGAUCAUGAUCUCGCAAUUAUUGGCAAGGCAAUGAUGCAAUCUAAUUUACCCAAACGACUCAAACCCGAGGCAUAUUUCACCUGUGAACAUAGCAAAGAGUGGAUAUCUACAUUAGCAAAAUGUGAUAACGUCAUAGAUUGUCUUGAUGCUUCAGACGAAGUCAAUUGUUUUAACGGUAAUAUUGGAUGUGAUGACAACGAAUUUUCUUGUGAUGGCGGACAUUGUAUAAAAUUUAGUCACGUAUGCGAUUUUAUAUCCGACUGUGCGGACGGUACAGAUGAAAAAUGUGAUUUCCAAAAGUGUGAUGAAAAUGAAUUUCGUUGUAACAAUGAACAGUGUAUUCCAUCAGAAAAUCGAUGCAAUUCUAAACCUGACUGUUUGGAUAAAAGCGAUGAAGAAAACUGUGAGUCUUGCACAAAUUCAUUUCUGUGUUCUGGUGAUUACAAAUGUAUCCCUCUUCGUCUGACGUGUGAUCUCUACCCUGACUGUACGGACAGCAGUGAUGAAUUAACUUGCCGUAGUAAAAUUCCAACAUCUGCUGAUUUAAGGAAUGAAUAUGUUUCUCUGGUAGAUUCGAAAGGUGAGCAAAAUUCAUAUAUCAAGUUAUUAUGUACUCAAAAUCAUCUUAUUUUCGUCUUUUGUUUUUGUUGUUUAGAAAGUGCUCAGAACAUUGAAGACAAAAGCAUGAAUAAACUUCAUAGUAUCUUUUAUAAUGGAAUUUGAGAACUAAACAUCCUA